AUGGCAGCAUAUUCUUAUUUGUUCAAAUACAUUAUCAUAGGCGAUUCAGGUGUAGGCAAAUCCUGCUUCAUGCUGCAAUUCACAGACAGACGAUUUAAAAAUGACCAUGAUCUCACAAUUGGUGUAGAAUUCGGCUCAAGGACAAUUAAAAUUAAUGACAAAGCGAUCAAGCUACAAAUGUGGGACACAGUAAUGCUAACAUAGGCUGGCCAAGAAAAUUUCAGAAGCAUCACUCGGUCUUACUAUCGCGGUGCAGUUGCUGCCUUAUUACUCUAUGACGUAACCAAUAGAGACAGCUUCACAAAUAUUGAAAGAUGACUUGCAGAGGCCAAAACCAACGCAAAUCAUGAUAUCACUGUAAUUCUUGUAGGCAAUAAAGUGGAUUUAGAAAGCAACAGAGCAAUCACUGCAGAAGAAGGAGAAAAAUUCGCAAGCGAGCAUGGGAUUUUAUUUAUUGAAGCCAGCGCAAAGGAAGCUUUUAAUGUUGAUGAAGCUUUUGUUAAUUCAGCAAAAGCUGUGCUGGUGAAAUUGGAAAACGGAGAAUAUAACUUGUCAACAGAGCACUGCGGGAUAAAAGUAGGAAAUGCAGCAUUGAAAGAUACUUUAGCUAGAAAGAGUGGUAAUGUACAAAAUAAAAAGUGUGAGUGCUAA